AACUAUGGCCUUCAAACAUUGGAUUUUAAGUUCAUGUUUUACAUAUAUCGCAUUUAACUUUGACUUUUAAUGAUCACAAUGAUUUAAUACAUCAAUUCAUAAAAUAAGGUUUGAAUAUUUGAUAAGUCAUAGUCAGCGGACGUUUUUGCUUCAUCUAACACCAAUUUAAAUAUGCAUGCAAGAUUGGAAAAAGAAUUAUCUGACACACGAACGUGUCAAUUAUAAAAGCUAUAUUCAGUUGUAAAUAUAACUAAUAAGUUACAUGAGGACGGUGGGAUACAGUCAAUUGAACUAGUGAAUCACAAUAAGGAACGCGCUUGUUACAUGUGACAUGAGUUCAACAUAGGCAGAUAUGAUAAAUCAGAAUAAACAUUAUCAUUUUCUACUAGUUAUAUGUUGUACCAUGUAUGUUUUGUCUAAAAUGAGUGUUUUAUGUAAAUAUUCUUUUCGUAUAAGUAAGUUUCACACGUGCCCGGCACAGAAUUCAAAGUUUCUUACGAUAGUUGAUCAUUCUCUGGAACAGUGCGUCGAUGAGUGCACGCGAAGAACGAGCUGUAAGGCUAUAGGGUUUAAGCGUUUGUUUCGACUGUGCGAGCUUUACGCGCACGAAAUUUCUCCAGCGGUUACAGACAAACACUGUGUGAUGGUAUUACGGAAUGACAUGGAUGAACGACCCACUUUGUGCAACUGCAAUGACACCAGUGUAUGCGAAGAGGAAACAGGACAGUGCGUCCAAAAAGAAUGCCCGCCUGAACAACACUUCCUUAACGUUACCUUCCGUGGAAAUAUGAAUGAAGUUAAUGCAAAUAAGUCGGUGAAAUGUCAUGACGGGUUUUUCGAGGUAAAAAAUAAAAAUUUGGAACGAUAUGCUACGUGUUCACAGUUUGGUCAUUGGAUUUUUGUCCCACAAUGUAAAGGCACUGUUCAAAGUUUUAUUUUAGAACAUGUGUGA